GUGUUUGGUGUGGUGCUCCUGUCUUGCGGGAUAUUGACAGGCUGGAGCUUUCCGCGACUUCCCAGUUUAAGGAAGCGUGUACCGAUAGGUGGGCAGCUCUUGUUACCGGCGGUUUGCUCUCAUCCCCAUUUAGGAGCGGAGUUCUGAGCACUGACCGGAAUGAGCAACAUUUAUAUCCAGGAGCCUCCCACGAACGGGAAGGUUUUAUUGAAAACUACGGCUGGAGAUAUUGAUAUAGAGUUGUGGUCAAAAGAAGCUCCUAAAGCAUGCAGAAAUUUCAUCCAGCUUUGUUUGGAAGCAUAUUAUGACAACACCAUAUUUCAUAGAGUUGUGCCUGGCUUUAUAGUCCAAGGGGGAGAUCCUACUGGCACAGGGACUGGUGGAGAAUCUAUCUAUGGAGUCCCAUUCAAGGAUGAAUUCCAUUCACGGUUGCGUUUUAAUCGUAGAGGACUGGUCGCCAUGGCAAAUGCUGGCCCUCAUGAUAAUGGCAGCCAGUUUUUCUUUACCCUGGGUCGAGCUGAUGAACUUAACAAUAAGCACACCAUCUUUGGAAAGGUUACAGGGGAUACAGUAUAUAACAUGCUACGCCUGACAGAAGUAGACAUUGAUGAUGAAGAAAGACCAAGAAAUCCACAUAAAAUAAGAAGUUGUGAGGUUUUAUUUAAUCCUUUUGAUGACAUCAUUCCAAGAGAAAUAAAAAAGCUGAAAAAAGAGAAACCAGAGGAGGAAGUAAAGAAAUUGAAACCCAAAGGCACAAAAAAUUUUAGUUUACUUUCAUUUGGAGAGGAAGCUGAGGAAGAAGAGGAGGAAGUGAAUCGAGUUAGUCAGAGCAUGAAGGGGAAAAGCAAAAGUAGUCAUGACUUGCUUAAGGAUGAUCCCCAUCUCAGCUCUGUUCCAGCUGUUGAAAGUGAGAAAGGGGAUGCAGCAGAAGAUUCAGAUGAUGAUGGAGAAUAUGAAGAUGCAGAGCAUGAUGAAUAUGUUGAUGGUGAUGAGAAGAACCAGGUGAGAGAAAGAAUUGCAAAAAAGUUAAAGAAGGACACAAGUGAGAAUGUUAAGAGAGCUGGAGAGGGUGAAGUGGAGAAGAAGUCAAUUAGCCGCAGUGAAGAGCUCAGAAAAGAAGCAAGACAAUUAAAGCGGGAACUCUUAGCAGCAAAACAGAAGAAAGCAGAAAAUUCCGCAAAACAAGCAGAAGAAAGAAGUGAAGAGGAAGAAGCUGCUCCGGAUGGUGCUGUUGCAGAAUACAGGCGAGAAAAGCAAAAGUAUGAAGCUUUGAGGAAGCAGCAGGCAAAGACGGGAACUUCCCGGGAAGACCAGACUCUUGCGCUGCUGAACCAGUUUAAAUCUAAACUCACUCAAGCAAUUGCUGAAACUCCUGAAAAUGAAAUUUCUGAAACAGAAGUAGAAGAUGAUGAAGGAUGCUUUCAGCUCAGGAGAGAAGGACAGCACUUAAUUACUGCAUCCCUUGCAUAUGAAUGUAUGACAGACUAUACCAGGUCAUCGACAGGAACUGCAAUAUGCAGAAUAAUACGGCCAGCCCCUUAUGCCACCAAAGAGCAGCGCACAGGGAUGUCGCAUGUACUUCAGUUUGAGGAUAAAAGCAGAAAAGUGAAAGAUGCAAGCAUGCAAGACUCAGACACAUUUGAAAUCUAUGAUCCUCGGAAUCCAGUGAAUAAAAGGAGGAGGGAAGAAAGCAAAAAGCUGAUGAGAGAGAAAAAAGAAAGAAGAUAAAAUGAAAGUAAUGAUAACCAGAACUCGCUGGAAAUGUGCCCACAAUAAAUGGCCUUAUAACAGCCAUUG